UCUCUUUAUAGGUCAUGUGUAAAGUCAGAUGUGCCACUGAACUUGACAAACACAAAAUUCUACUGCAUUUGGGCUUUACACUGGCAAGCCUCCUCUUCUUAGCUGUGAACUUGACCUGUGCAAUGCUAGUCCAUGGAGAUGUCCCAGAAAAUCAAUUGAAAUGGACUGUGUUUAUUCGAGUAUUAAUUAAUGAUAGCUUGUUUAUUCUUUGUGCCAUCUCUCUAGUUAGUUACAUAUGCAAAAUCACAAAAAUGUCAUCAGCAAAUGUCUACCUCGAAUCAAAGGGUAUGUCUCUGUGCCAGACUGUCGUCGUCAGCUCUAUAGUUAUUCUUCUCUACUCUUCCAGAGCUUGUUAUAAUCUGGUAGUGAUCACCAUAUCACAGGAUGCAUUAGAGAGUCCAUUUAAUUAUGGCUGGGAUAAUCUUUCAGAUAAGGCUGGUGGAGAAGACAGAAGUGGAGGAGACUACAUCGUCUUUGGAAUGGUCCUCUUUCUGUGGGAGCACGUACCAGCAUGGUCAGUGGUACUGUUUUUCCGGGCACAGAGAUUAAACCAGAAUCUGGCACCCGCUGGCAUGGGAAACAGCCAUAGCUACAGCUCCAGAGCUUUCUUUUUCGACAAUCCAAGACGCUAUGACAGUGAUGAUGACCUGCCAAGACUGGGGAGUUCUCGAGAAGGAAGUUUAUCGAACUCACAAAGUUUGGGCUGGUACGGCACCAUGGCGGGCUGUGGCGGCAGCACAUUCACAGUCACGCCCCCACUGAAUGGACCUGUAACAGACACUGCUCCUUUGCUCUUCACCGGCAGUAAUUUAGAUAUGAGGAAUCACCAUAGCUUGUAUGGAACUCCACAAAACUGAGGGCUUCCCCAUAGCAAGAGUCUUGAACUGUUUUUCCAUGAAUGUGUAUGUGUAUUCAACAUCUUUAAAAGCAUCUACAUCAACAUUGCAUCAUCUGUUGCAACUAGCAAAGUCUGGAAAAUACAGCUGUGUUUCGUGGAGAACCUCAAAACACAGCUGUUUGUUUUGACCUCUGCAUAGUGAAAUUCGAAGUUUGGAGGAAAAUGAGAUUAGAUGCUAAGGUACUUGAUGACCUCAGAACCUCCUAACUUUGAAUGUCCAACGCACAUUUGCAUAUUUGCACUUUUACCUAUGUUCAGAAAGAAUACUCUGCAGUCCCCAAAGCCACACUUGAGUAUUCAUACCAGAAUAUUAUUGUAUACCAGAUUGGAAGGCAGUUUUUCCACAAGAAUCAAAACCUAGAAAUUCAAAGGUGUACUCUACAUGGAAUCCUUACCCAAUUACAGCUUUAAAGUAUGAUCAGUGCACAGAGUAAAGGCUUAAAAGUGUAUCAUUUUUUUAAAAAAAUAUGUAACACUGAAGACAGUUUUUGAAAGCAUGCUUUGAAAAAAAUGUCCAUUGAAAUGACUCCACCGUUUUAAACAAGCGGCAGUAGAGACCCUUCAUGGUGCUGCUGGCUGGUAGUGUUCUUUGGAAAGCCAGAGGCGUCUCUUGGAGAGGAAUAAGCCAGUGGAGACUGUGUGGCUUGGAGUAGGACUGGUCAGGUGGCUAUUUUGUAUGGCUAAGGUAAGUAGCAGUGAAGCAUGAUUCUUUCAGAAGCAAUAGUGACUUCUGCAUAGGGGUUGCAGUAGAACUUCUUGGGACUAACUAAACAAGUUUACAGAUGCAUUUACGGAUUGUUCAUUAAAAAAGUGCUAAGUUAAAAACGGUAUGCUUUCAAAAGGUAUUCAAUUUAUCUGAAAGACAUGGAGCACAUCCUACCUACUGAGUCAAGAUUGUCCUCAGGUAAAUUAAAUCAUGAGACAUUUUGCAGUGAGCUAAAGUGCAAUACUUUAUAAUCCCGCCUUUAUUUUUCACAUUUUAUACCUUGUAUACUGGCUAAACCAGAUUAAAUUAAUUCCAAUCAAUUCCAGCACUGGAUAAGCAAACAAGAGAAAUGUAAGAGGUUAACAACAUUGGGACAGUUUAGGAUUUCAUUAAAACUGUCUUAAAAAUGCUGUAAGUGGUAUGCUUGUGCACGCAUAUGUACUCAAGCACACACACAACAGUAGGCCAAGACAACACAAUUUCUAAAAAUGCACUUUUUUACCUGUGUCUGUAUGGAAAGCAGAUGCUGAAUACCUCAGAUUCCGAGGGGACAGGCAGCUUAGGUGUCACACAGGUGAAGACCCCACACACGAUCUGCCAGCUGCUUUGGAACUGGGACAAACACAGCUGCCCUCUUCUACUGUGACUAGAAACUGUCUUAUUUGUACUCAUAACCUAAAAAUCUUUCAGCUUUUUAACAACUAAUGCAGCAACUUCACAAAAGUAUAAUAUGUGAAUCUCUAGAAACAUAUUGUUAAUCCUUUCUAUCUUUUGAGAGGAUGGUACAAAGCCAAAUACUUUUUUCUUCUUCUUAUGAACAACCGAUUUUAAAUUCAAUCAGAAGCAUACUUAUAAAUACACAGCAUCUGUUUAUAAGUUCUUACUGUAACAAAUGAAUCUUUUAUAGUACAGAAGUUAGCCUCGGUACUAUGAUGACAACCUAACAAUAGUCUACAACUGUGGAUUUCUUUUCAGUUUUUCCAUUUCUCAGAAUGCUAGGAGUUUAUUUUGAUGAUGUUAAUUAAGUACCUAACUAUUAUCUUUGAUUAUUUUUUUUCUAGUUAAGCUUCUCUACACAAACAUCCUGGCUGACAAAGUAAACAAAGAUUACUUAAUUCUUCAGAUAAAGUAUCUUAGUUAUUUUCGCUGCACUGGUUGACUACACUGAAUUUGAGAUUUAUUAGUUUAUUGUAUUUAUCACUGACUCAAGUACCUAAAUUCUCAUUUUGCUUUGUUUUGAAACAGUCUCUCUGUAUAGUCCUGGCACU